GGCAUAUACGUACGUAUAUGAUGCAGAACUCCCAUGUCCCAAAGUUCGGCAACUGGGAAAACGAGGACAUACCAUACACAGCCUACUUUGAAAACGCGCGCAAGGACAAACCCGUCGGCAACGUUAAGAUCAACCCAAACGACCCUGAGGAGAAUCCAGAGGCCUUCAUGAUGAUGAUGAUGAUGCAGAGAAGGGGAUCAUCGCGUUCUCAAGAAGGCAACAUUUCCUCUCAUCAUAAUCCCGAUUCAUCCGUCCUUCCGACGGCGGCAGUGCAGCCUCCUCGCCGCCUCAUGAAGAGUGCUAGUGCCGAAAAAUCGCGCCACGCCGAGCACCGCGCACAUCACAGAAACGGUAUUGCUGAUACCAACACUAAUUAUAGCAGUACUAAUACUACUCUCGGCAAUAAUCACAAGAGCCCCGCGUCGGAAUCUGGUAGCGAUCAAAAGACCAGUUCCGAUAAUUCGCUCUUGAAUCGUCCUAAUCAAGGGCGUUAUGUAAGAUCUGAUGAUUAUAAGAAGAAGACGAGUACUACUUCUUCGGGUCGAGGGAGUGAUAGUUCUAGCUCGGCUUCAGAACAAGGGCACCAUAGAAGACAGAGAAGUAGCAGUACUAAUCACUCUUCUGAUCACCAACAACAUGUGAGUAAUUUCUAGCUGUAAGGACGUUAAUUUGUUUUUUCUGUACG